AUGAGGUGUUUGGUGGCUCUCAGCAUCGGGUUUGUGUGGCUAUCUACUUUGGCCGGCUCUGAGCCUAUCAAGAAACGCAGCGGGUUCUCGAUCCAGCAAGUUUCAAAAUACCGACCAACGCCGCGUUCUCCAAUGGAAGAUUACGCGAAGGCCGUUCUAAGGUCGGAUCGUUCCAAUCACAUAAAAGAAAUGAAAAGUGCGCCGCGUAUCAUGAGCACCCCCCUGGAUGUCAAAUACGAGAGGUCUACAAAUGGAACUGUCUCAGCCGUCCCGGAACAGUUCGAUAUAGAAUACCUUAGUCCUGUGAAUGUUGCGGGAAAAACUUUAAACCUGGUACUUGAUACUGGAUCUGCAGAUCUCUGGGUAUUUUCAUCGCAACAACCCCUGGCGGAAAGGUCAGCUCACGACUAUUAUACCCCUCCUCCCGGAACGUUACCUUUGAAUGGGUGUUCCUGGGAGGUACAGUAUGGGGAUGGCUCAGUUGCAAAGGGCAAUGUCUAUGUUGAUAAAGUUUCCAUCGGUGACGUGGUUUCGCCGUUGCAAUCCAUCCAAGCCGCCCAGAGGGUUGGCAAAACGUUUGCUUUGGAUUCUAAUUUUGAUGGUAUUCUUGGACUCGCUUUUCCUUCUAUUAAUACGGUUCGGCCGGAGAAGCAAGUUGGGUUCUUUGAUAAUGUGAAGGAUACACUUCCCGAACCCUUGUUUGCCGUAUCCCUCAAGAAGACCAAGCCGGGAACGUUCGACUUCGGUUUUAUUGACGAUGAUAAAUACGACGGCAACAUCAAGUAUACCCCAGUCCAUAAAGGUGGUUUCUGGUCCAUCACUUCCACGGGACUGACAUACACCUCUCCCUUCACCUGCGCAGACACAGGGACUACCAUGGUCCUCCUCCCCGAGCCCAUCGUACACGAUUACUAUUCCAAAAUACCUGGUUCCACAAAAGCAUAUAGCCAGCUAAAUCCAUUUCUCAACGGCUGGAUAUUCCCAUGCAACGCGACUAUCCCGUCAUUUUCUCUCAUCGUUGAAAAUGAUUAUCGAGCGACGAUCCCUCCAGAACAUAUCAUCCUACAGCCCUUCUAUGUUAGUGGGGGCUCACCGAUGUGCUUUGGUAGCAUACAGGUAGCGAUACAUGAGAUUGUUUUUGGUGACAUUAUUUUUAAGAGCCAAUAUGUGGUGUUUGACACUGCGGGACCAAGAGUAGGUUUUGCGAGGCAGCGCCAGCAGAAGUUAGGGAAGGAGGUCGUGACGGGAUAG